UCAGAUGUUGGUCUCAACUUACCAUGUAACCGAGAGAUGGAUGGCCUUUUGGCAGCUGAUCCAGAUGGAAAUCCGACAGCAUUCUUGUCUUGUCAAAGUAGUGGAUCUGACUUGGCAGGCUUUUGGGAAAGGAGAGUCUGUCCAGAUGGCAUGGUUUUCGACUUUAUCAACCAACAGUGCCUGCAAAGAAAACAUCGAAAACAGCCAUUGCUCAAUAUUGCUAUCCUAAACAAUAGCUGUGCACAUGGCGAAACUUGCAUAGGUGGUACGGUAUGCGACUUGGAACGUUUGAGGUGCCUUUGCCCUUACGGUACCGUACCCCAACUGGAAACGUUGUCGUGCCUCAAGCCACAGACAAGCUAUAAUUCUUUUGGAUCUUUUGGAAACUUCGAUAAGCCGGUUAGGCUUUGA